AUGCUAAAGAAGAAAGUGCUUAACUCACUAAAUAAUCUGCAAGGAACAGAUAACCAGAAAAGAAAAGAAGCAGAGAAGCACAUUAUUGAUGAGUCUUCCAGCAAUUUUGCAGGAAUGAUAGAUGCGCUUCUUGACAUUCUAGUUGAUACAUCACUGGGUACGCUUGGAGACACAAUGACUGCUGGGCUUGUUUUAAAGACGCUUUUCUCAUGGGAGUCAGAGGAAAAGAGGCAGGAGGUGAAUAUGAAGUGGACGUCGCUUAGCGAAAAGGAAAGAGAGGCGCUGAAGGCCAAACUCAUAGGAAGUCUGGGAAGCUGCAAAGGCAGUGUUGGUGAAAUAUUAGGGCAGUGUCUGGGGGCUGUGGCCAGAAUUGAGGUUGUGAGCGGAAGAUGGCUUGAGGUGUUCUCCGAUCUUUCUUCUGUUGGUGUGGACACAAAGUCAGAGACCGUGCGCAUGAAUAUAAUGGAAACCAUUGGUAUUCUGUGCAUGGACACCACUGGAAUGGACGAGUCGCUUAUUUUGCACUCGUCUGGAUUUAUUCUCACAGUGCUUAUAAAUGGAGCCAAGUCAGAGAAUUUGGACACGCAGAAAAGCGCGUUUAAGAAUUUAGACAGGUGCCUGGAGUUUAUAUCUCACAAUAUUAACAUUGAAAACGAGUGCCUGAUUGUGAUGGAAACACUUUUCAAUGCAUGCUCUUCCAGCAAUGAAGACGUAGCGUGUCUUGCCUUGCGGUGCUACACAGGAACUCUUUUUAUGUACUAUAGCAAAGUGGUAAAGUAUGUUGGGCUGGCAUUUGGGAACAUUGCUAUGAAUUACAUGUACUCAGAGAGCGAAAAAAAGAUUCUUGCUGCAAUUGAGAUGUGGAGUGCGAUCACUGAGCACGAGAUGUACAGCCACGGGGAAAUCAUAAGCAAGGUUUUUUCCACGCUUGUUGGCCAGUGUCUUAUACUUGCUAUGAAUGAAGACCUGGAGCAGACAGAUGAGUGGAUGCCUCACAAGGCCGCUGCCUGGCUGCUUACCUCAAUUGCACAUUGCGCGCCGGAGAAGAUCAACGGGAACAUAGUAAAUAAGGCAUUCAGCGAACCUCUCAAUCUUAUCUCCGCAAUCGAAACAUUCAUUAUCUCCCAGGAUCCUGUCAAGUUUGAGGCUGGGAUGAUCGCACUAGGCUCCAUACUGAAUGAGGAAACCGUGAACCCGCUUGCUCCAAUGAUUAAGCGCGUUGGGCCUCUUGUAUUUCACUCGCUUGAGUCCAAAAACCCAGUGGUUUUGGACACGGGGAUGUGGCUGCUUGAAAGAUUCUUCAAGUAUGCAUACUCUGCAGUGGAGCAGUGUCAUUUGGAAAACGACAUCAUCCGGCAAAUUAUGAAAAUUAUCAGCCUUAACUCAGACACAUCUGUUACUGCAGCCUGGACUCUUACAGGAAUUGCCAGUGCAGUUAGAGCACAAAGCACUUCCGACACGUACAGAGACCACGCAAUAUUCACGAACUUCACAAUGAUUUUGGACUCGCUGGUCCGUACGUUCUUCUCCCUUCACGAAACCCAGUUUACGCUUCGAGUGUCCCUCUCUUCCGCUAUUGCUGAGGUAAUUAAGGCAGCAAUUCCUACAUACUUUGAGAAUGUAAUUAGCUUCCUGGGCGAGAUUAUUGGGAAGACAAAGAACGAGCUUGUUUCUCCAAACUCAAACGAAGAGACAAUCUCCUGCUAUAUGAACCUAAUACAGGCAUGCGUUAGUACGUGCACACUGGAUCAAAUACCUAAUCUUCCACAUGAUAUAGUCAGCGUGUGCAUAUUCAUUCUACACAGAGGAAAGCUUGUGUCUCUCUACACAGAGGCAUAUCUUACUUUGGGCUUGCUUGCAGACAGACUGGGGAUUGACUUUGGCAACUAUGCAGAGGAGCUGAUUCCAUUUGUCAUUCGGGAUCUUCGCACCUUCUGCAGUGAUGAAAACAAAGACCUGAAAAGCCCCAUAUUUGCAACCAGUCUAAUUAUGUUUAUUGGCUCCAUGGCGAGCUCAAUGCAGCUUGGAUUCAGUGUGUAUAUGUACCAGAUUGUGCCCACUCUAAUGCAGGCUGUGAUGUCUCCCCAUUUGCCGCGAGAAGCAAAAGCUACCGCCAUUUCCACGUUCUCUGAUAUCUCUCUUGCAGUUGGGAAGAUAUUCGAUAGAUACCAUGAGUCUAUCAUGGAAAUUGCAAUGAGCGUGGUUAAGCUGAAGGAUGACGGAAGUGACAGUGGAUUUAUUUUUGUUCUGAGAGAAUCUCUUCUUGUCCUUCUCUCAUGUAUUGUGCAGGCCUCAGAUGGGCGCAGUUCUUGUGUGUUAAACUCGGUAAAUAUCAUACUUUUAAUUGUUAAAAUAAUUGCUGAAGAAACCAAUGACUCUGCAUGUAUUAUCAAGUCUCUCUAUUUGCUAUCUGACCUAUGGGUGCUCUGCGGGCCAUGCGGAAACCCAUCUGUGAUUUCUUCUCUUGAGUCCCCCUGGGUCUUUGAGUUCAUUGCAGCAAAAGCAGAGUCAACGAUUAAAGAAGUGCGGGAUGCAGCAAUUUCCACUAGACUUCAGAUUAGCUAUAUUAACAAAGAGUAG